GGAGAUGCCAAACCAAAGCAAUAUGCGAGUGUAACGAUGCGGGAAAGGAACAACCUUAUUCUACGACGGUGAAACGAAUCGCAUAAAUCCUGGGUUACUAAGCUACUGACUAGGUAUAUUUGCGGAACUAUUGACAACAAAGUCAAACGUAUAUCAUUCAAGUUCUCUACUGGGAAACAGAAGUAGCCUGCUGGACCCAAAAAGUUUUUUUUUCAUCCACCCCUCCCUUCCUUUCCACCUUCCUUCCUCUGGACCAAAAACUACGCGGAAUUCUGAAGGAGCUACUGAAGUCACAGUGUCAAAGCAUGCGUUGCCAGUAUUUCACAUCCAUAAAGUGAUCACAAUGAUCACUUGGAAAUGUGUCCCCUAUAUGUGACCGUUAUUAAAAACAAUUUACAUAAAAUAUAGCCUAGCAGUGCGCGCUCUCGGUGAAGCGCAGCAUCAGCACCAGUAACUGAUGCGCGUCCCCGUCCCCGCAGAGGCUACCCGAGAUCCCGGGAAGAGGAGUUGGAACUGCGCGAGUUAAAGUUGGGAAAAGGGGGCUGAAAGGAUGCUACCGUGCCCUGUGGAGAGGAGAACACAAUCUACGAUCUAAUUAACAUAGCAUGUGCGGAGACGCUUGUCCUCUGUAAAGGAUGAUUUGCAAAAUAUUGAGCAUAAGCCUUUUAUUUUUGGGUUUUCAAGAGUGCUCAUCACAUGAAUGUGUUGAUCCCUUGGUAUCUUCGCUCUAUGCCAACUCCUUCUUGGCCUCUUCCAGAUAUAACUUUUUGUACUCAGCCAACUUUGCCAAAUUGUAUGGAAGCAGUGGCUGGUCCCCGUCCCCCCGGGACAGACAGCCCUGGCUGCAGAUCGACCUGAAGAGGAAGUACCGCAUCCAGGCCAUCGCCACUCAGGGCACCUUCAAUUCCUAUGACUGGGUCACCAAGUACACCCUUCUCUAUGGAGACCGCCCCGACUCCUGGACACCCUACGUCAUGAAAGGAGGAAACUCGACGAUGCCUGGGAACUGGAACUACCACCAGGUGAAGAGGAAUGUGUUCCACUACGCCUUCACAGCCAAACACAUCCGCCUCCUGCCCCUGGGGUGGAACACAGAGAAUGGAGGCAAGAUCGGUGUCAGGCUGGAGGUGUUUGGCUGUGCUUACGAUUCUUACGUGAUGCAGAUGAACGGGGACGACUCGGUAGCCUACAUGUUUCCAGGGAAGAGGUUCCGAACCCUGCAGGACCAUUUUGCCGUGAACUUUAAGACCCUGGAGCAGGACGGGCUGCUGCUACACAGUGAGGGAGUCCAGGGAGACGUCUUGACCCUGGAGCUGAAGAAAGGACGCCUCGUCCUCACCAUCGGCCUAGGAAGCAGUACGGUCAACCAGGUGGACGGUCGGACCACAAUGACCGUUGGCAACAUACUCGAUGACCAGCACUGGCAUUACGUCACCAUCAAGCGCUUCGGUCGACAGGUCAAUUUCACAGUGGACGCCCACACAGAGACAGCCAUCUGCAAUGGAGAUUUCACCUACAUAGACCUGGACACUCAGUUGUAUGUGGGGGGAGUGAUUGAGCCCAAUGUACCCCACCUCCCAGAGGUUCCUAACUUCCGUGGCUGCCUGGAGAACGUCUUCAUCAACGGGAUCAACAUCAUCAACAUGGCCCAGGACCAGGAGCCUGAGAUACGCAUCCCUCGGCAGAAAAAGAUGCACUACGCGUGCCGUGACAUUCUGUGGAAACCCAUGACCUUCGCCGGGCCCAACAACUACCUGCAGGUGCCUGGGUUCUUCAGGAAGCCUCGGAUGUUUGUCAAGUUUAAGUUCCGUUCCUGGGACUACACAGGCCUGCUGAUGUUCACACGCUUUGCUGACGACCUGGGAGCCUUGGAGCUGGGCCUGAGUGAGGGACAGGUCAAUGUCACACUCUUUCAGCCAGGCAAGAAGAAACUACAGUUCGCAGCAGGUUACCGUUUGAAUGAUGGUUUCUGGCACACCGUAGACGUAGCAGCCAGGGACAACCUACUGUCCAUCACCAUAGAUGAGGAGGAGGGAUCUCCGCUAAAAAUCACCAACCCUUUCACUGUUCGCACAGGGGACCGCUACUUCUUUGGAGGGUGUCCGAAGACUAACAACACGAUCAGGAAGUGUGAGACCAAGCUGAACCACUUCCACGGCUGCAUGCAGCAGAUCUUUAUCGACAACGAGCCGGUGGACAUCGACAUCAUCCUGCAGCGACGCUGGGGACGCUAUGCUGAACUGUUGUUGGGCACCUGUGGCAUCACUGACAGAUGUACUCCAAACCCCUGUGAACACGAGGGCAGAUGUAUCCAGUCCUGGGAUGACUUCAUAUGUCUGUGUGAGAACACAGGCUACAAAGGGGAGGUGUGCCAUAUGUCUGUCUACAAAGAGUCUUGUGAAGCCUACAGACUCACUGGUAAAUCCUGGUCAGGCAAUUACACCAUAGACCCUGAUUUGAGCGGACCCUUGAAACCAUUUGAGGUGUACUGCAAGAUGAAAUCUGACAAGGCAUGGACGUUGGUGAUGCAUGACCGAAUCGACGGCAUCAAGGUGACCGGUAGCACGGUGGACCGUCCUUUCAUAGGAGACGUCAACUACUGGAACGCCUCCUGGGACGAGGUCACAGCACUGGCCAACACCUCCAUGUACUGUGAACAGUGGAUCGACUACUCCUGCUACAAGUCACGCAUCAACACGCCCAAUGGGAGACCGUACAGUUUCUGGAUUGGUCGAAAUAACGAGAGUCACGAGUACUGGGGCGGGGCUUUCCCUGAGAGUGGGAAGUGUGGCUGUGCUAUAAACCAGACCUGCACUGACGCCAGGUUUCACUGUAACUGUGACGCUGACUACCGCCAAUGGUACUCGGACAAGGGCUAUCUGAUGUGGAAGGACCACCUCCCAGUGAGGAAGGUGGUGGUGGGGGAUACCAACAGGACCGGGUCAGAGGCCCAUUUCAGCCUCGGGCCCCUACGUUGCCAUGGCGACCGGAGCAUCUGGAACACCAUAUCGUUCACCAAGCCCACUUACAUCGAGUUCCCCACCUUCAGGCCAGGCAGCACCGUUGACAUCUCCUUUCACUUUAAAACCUACCGCCCCCACGGAGUCUUCCUGGAGAACUCAGACGACUGGCUCCGUAACUUCAUACGCAUUGAGCUCAACACCACCCAGAACCUCGUCUUCAUAUUCAUGGUGGGAGACGGCAUCCUCAAUGUGACGCUACGGUCACCGGUGCCUCUAAACGACAAUGAGUGGCACUUUGUCCAGGCAGAGCUCAACGUGAAGUUGGCCAGGAUCAAGGUGGACUACCAGCCAUGGGCUGUGAGACGCUUCCCUGGCCAGACCUUUGUCACCAUGAAGUUCACCCACCCUCUCCUCGUGGGCGCAGCCAAUCGCACACUGUGGCCGUUCCUGGGCUGUCUCCGAGGGUUACGAAUGAACGGUGUAACCCUUGACUUGGAAGGGAAAGCGAAUGAAGAACAGGGUAUACGGCGGAACUGUACGGGCCAGUGUCUGAACGCGACCAUACCGUGUCGAAACGCUGCCCAGUGUAUCGAGGGCUACGCAGCCUACACCUGUGACUGCGGCAACACUGCCUUCGACGGAUUCUACUGCCACAAAGACAUUGGGGCCUACUUUGAGAUAGGUUCGUGGUUGCGCUACAACAUCAGAAAGAAGCCUACGACCAAUGAGGAGUGGUGGGCUAACUGGCUGGAUCCCCACUACCACAACUUCAGCCUGGGCUACAACGACACCAGUGAUGAGAUAGAGUUCAGCUUCAGUACCUUCCAGACCCCGGCUGUACUACUCUACAUCAGCUCAUUUGUCCAGGACUACAUGGCUGUCAUCCUGAAGAAAGACGGAACCUUAGACAUGAGGUAUAGGUUGGGGUUGAUUACCCACAAGUACCAGCUGUCCUUCAGGAACCUGGCAGAUGGAUACCCCCACUAUGUCAACAUAACCAGACACAACAGAACCAUCAGGACACAGGUGGACUACAUGGAGCCGAUAGUGGAGAAGAUCACCCUAGUGGAAGAUGGCAGGUUUGACUCACCCAAGAACAUCUUCCUGGGGAGAGUGAUGGAGGUGGGUGACAUUGACUAUGAGAUCCAGAGGCAUAACAGUCCUGGUCUGGUGGGCUGUAUAUCUGGGGUGAGGUACAACAUCUACGCCCCUCUCAAGACCCUGUUCCGGCCCAACGAGACGGAACCGCCGGUCACCGUGCAGGGCUUCGUCUCCGAGUCUAACUGUGGGGCCUUCCGUCCUGUCCAUGGAUAUGUCCCCUGGGAGGCGGACCCCUGGUUCACUUCUAUAGAAUACAUCUAUAUCCAUGAUGACCUAGGCCUGUUUUGGUUGACAGUUGUUGUCAUCGCGGCCGUGAUAUUGCUGUUCAUAGGUCUGUACAGCAUCUACAUCUAUCUGUACCGGUACAAGGGCAGCUACCACACCAACGAGCCCAAGAACUUCCUGGAGUCCCCUGGAGGCAGCAGCUCCAGACCCCUGACAGGGACCCUGGAGAAGAAGCGACUUCCAGAGAUAGAGGAAGACUUUCGGAGUGACUAGCCUCAGGCUGGGGAACGGUGGGAGGAGGGGGGGUUGAAGUGGGAAGGUUUUGGGGCUUACAACAACCAGAAUACCUGUUUAUGUUUUAUAAUUCCUUCAAUUUGACUUUUUUAUUUACUUUUUUGUUUUGUUAUCCUUUCCCCAGGUAUGUGUGAUCUUAAAGUUUGGUGCUCGACAUAGUGUUGUUUUUCUGAUGGGUUCAUAGUUUUGCAGGGUUUGAAGUUCAAAUCAAGCCUGUAUUGCGUGAGUGACGACCGACUACGUCUCACACUGUAUUGAAUGGUUGACCAACUGAAGUGCCUCGACAGAGCAAAACGAGAUCAGAAAUAACCCCAUGAGUUCAUUCAGGAUUUGAGACUUAAACUGAUGGAAUUAGAUUUCAGAUCACGUUGAAUUGUGACAUUUUUACAUCUUAAUAUCCUCACAUGCAGUAACAUGUAUUCAGCAGCCUCUUUUGGUUUUUAGGUCUGUUAAUUGAGAUCACUUGAUAGAUCAAUGCCAUCUACUGUGUAACUCUUUCCGACAAUCCACUCUUGCAGCCAUUUUGAUAAAGACAUCCAAACUAUCCCACUCGUCCCAUGCUUUGACUAGUGAGCCAGGAUACACCACAGAGAGAUGGUGCAGCAACAACAGCAGCAGCAACAACAACAACCACAAUCUGGCAUCUGCAAACAGUCUUUCCUGCUUAACACCAAUUGAAGAAACUAUAAAAAGCAUGGCGCUCUAAGCUUUGAGAUGACAUAUCUAAAGAAUAAUGGAAGGUAUAUAAGCAUAUAUUUGUUGUAUUGCAGCCUAUGAAAUUGCAUACCUAUACAAAAGAGGAACAUGUAUCAAUGGUUAGUUUCAUUAGAUAGCAGCUUUGCCAAUUACAGUAUGCUCUGCAAUUCCUAAACGAUUCCCAAUCAAUUAAGCAGUCAAGUACGAUCAACAAAGCAUACUGAAUACAUACUGAAUACAUGUGACAUUUGGCUUGGAAUAUAAAAUGAUCACCAUAUUCUUGUUCAGAAUCCUCAGAGUAGCAUAUGAAAUGGGUGGGUAGUGCUACGAAACCAUGGUAGUUUGACUUUUCCCGAAGGUAGUGCUAUCAUGUUAUUGUGAGACUGACUGUUGGUGCGCUGCAGAAAAGGGAAUGGAAAUGGAGAUGUUGAACCUAACCAGGGACAAGACUCCUUAUUGCUAUUAAUCCUCAUUCCAAGCAUCAUUUUCUGUUUGACUUCCAGUAGCUAGUGAACAUGCAGGUGAAAUCUGGGUGCUAUUUCAGAUUCAGAGGCUCCGGCGUGGAGGUGCCCCUACCAACAGCAGCCCUGUUGACCAGCCUGGUCAGGAAUCAUUACAAAUGUCCUUCAGGAAAAUAGCUGCUCCGCAUGAACAUCCGGACAUGCAAACACACACUCACACACACACUGGCAUAUUGUAUAGAGGACACAACAAUGUCAAUGCCAGUCUUGUACUUCUUCUCACCACACUAGACUCUUUUUGCAUCUGACUGCUCUGUAUGACAGUACUGUGCUGUGCCGCUCCCGCUGCUGUUGCUUCUUACCCACUGGGCACACACUGGUUGAAUCAACGUUCUUUCCACAUUAUUUCAAUGAAAUGACGUUGAAUUGACGUCUGUGCCCAGUGGGUAGGUGCUUCUUAUGGAGAGGGUUGUAGAAACUCUUUCUUAAGGUCCAAUGAUAUUUCCCUGUCUGGAAAGUCAUGAUUUCAGGUUAGACGGUGGGUGAGGUUAUGGUCAGGGAAGAUGUUCCCAGUAGGUGAAACGUCAUUGGACCCAUGUAAUGUUUGGUGUAGUAACCAAUGAUUAGGUUUCUGACAUCAUCACCGAGCGCCCUUUGAAGCUAAAGCAGUCAUACAUCAUUGAAAAAAAAGAGAAAACAUAAGAGCAUUGUGAAAAUCAUAAGCUAUGCAUAUAUAGAGCAUGAUGAUCGCACCUUGCAAUGAAAUGCAAUAAAAUCAGCCGCUUCCAGCGCAGAUCACCUAAAUAUGUUUUUUGUGUCUGUUCCGUUCGCAGCAACUUGCAGCAGUUAGGAUCCUAGACAUAAUAUGUAUACAUGAAUAUAUGAAUAAGGUGUUUAUCGACUUGUUUUAUUCCUAUGGUUUGUAUGAAACUGUUUAAAAUGAGUGGAGGCUGAGAGUUUUGAAUGUAAAUCCUAAUCAUGACCCUGUAAUAUGGACAGGCUCUGCAGCAAGACCUGCUCUGCUAAUCUCUGAAUGUGCACUGUAUGGUAUGUACACUCAUUACACAGAAACCUAUUCAGCAUAGCUUUCUCACAUGUUCAGAAUGUGGAAAAUACAGUACCCUCCCGAUUUUUCAGUAGAAAACUUCAUAGAACAUUAUUAGAACAUAUUUCAACAUCUUUGGUUUAGCCUGUUAAAGAGGACAACCCCUUACGACUAGAUGGUAAAAAGCAUUACAAUUACAAUCAAUUAUAAGAUAGAAUUGGCAAUGCCUGACUUUUUCCCAAGCCAUAUUUGUAAGAAUGUACCAUUUUAAAUAGUAUGAAUGUUAGCAUUAGUAAUUAGAGUAGUAACAUGUUCCACCUCUGGAGAAAUAGAAAUGAUGUGUUUUUGUACACUACCGGUCAAAAGUUUUAGAACACCUACUCAUUCAAGGGUUUUUC